GCCAGGUGCUGCCGAGCGGCGAGCGUUCGCUCUCCGGACCCCAAGGUGGGUUGCCUCAGCGGGGGCUUGGGCUUGAGUUGGAGUCACAGGGCAGCCGCGGGCCUGGAGCGAGGCCGGUUCUGGGGUGCAGAAGGGCCUUCCGCGAGGGAAGCCGCCGGUGCGCGCGGGCGGAUUUCAAGCCGAGUGUCUCUCACCUCCAGGAAGACUUGUGACCUUCUCUGGAGAAGCAGGUACAUCCUUCAGGAUACAGCCAGGAGAAAGUUCUCUGAAGCAGGGAGACCAGCCUGGAGCUGGGAAUGGCUACCGUGCUGGAACAGGGAUUCCAGCUGCAAGGAAACCACAAAGGCCUUGGACAGGAGCCACUGUGCAAGCAAUUCAGGCAGCUGCGCUAUGAAGAAACUGCAGGGCCCCGGGAGGCGCUGCGCCGGCUCCGCGAGCUCUGCCGCCAGUGGCUGCGGCCCGAGACCCGCAGCAAGGAGCAGAUCCUGGAGCUGCUGGUGCUGGAGCAGUUCCUGGCCAUCCUGCCCGGAGAGCUGCAGGCCCGUGUGCAGGAGAAGCAUCCUGAGAGCGGGGACGAGGUGGUGAUGGUGCUGGAGGACUUGCAGCUGGAGCGUGGAGAACAAGGACAGCAGGAGGGAAAGGGCCCAGACCGCAGAAGGAAGCAGUCAGUGCUUGUGGAAGCACCAGCCCCUCUGAGAGCAGUGCAGGCGCGGCAGGUCCUGCCUGAGUACGGAGGUCAGGAGCCUAAGGAAGAAGAGGAUGAGGAGAUACAGAUUGAGUGUGGAAAGCUUGUAAUAACAGACUCGUGUGAAACAGAGGAGUCACCCCGGAAGAAAGCUGAACCCAGAGAGGCUCACUACGAGGAUUCUACCUUGGAAAGGCAGCAGGGCAAGCCCCCGCAUUCAGACUUGACAGAAUGCAGAAGCACACAUACAGGAGGAAAUCUGUGUGACUCGGGAGUGUGCCAAGAUCCUGCACUUCCUGGGCAUCAGAAACCCCUCUCCAGAGAGAGAGGCCAUCAGUGCCACGAGUGUGGGAAAGUCUUUCAGAGGAGUUCACACCUUGUCAGACAUCAGAAAAUCCACCUUGGUGAGAAGCCUUAUCAGUGCAAAGAGUGUGGGAAGGUCUUCAGUCAGAAUGCAGGCCUCCUGGAGCACCUGAGGGUCCAUACUGGAGAGAAACCUUUUCUGUGCAUCCACUGUGGGAAGAGCUUCAGGCGUAGCUCUCACCUGAAUCGACACCAUAGAAUUCACAGUCAAGAGGAACCCUGUGAGUGCAAAGAGUGUGGGAAAACCUUUAGCCAGGCCCUGCUUCUCACACACCAUCAGAGAAUCCAUAGUCACUCCAAGAGCCACCGGUGUAACGAGUGUGGCAAAGCCUUCAGCCUGACUUCAGACCUCAUUCACCAUCACAGGAUUCACACUGGGGAAAAACCAUUCAAAUGUAAAGUAUGCCAGAAAGCCUUCCGACUAAACUCACACCUCGAUCAGCACAUACGAAUCUAUAAUGAGGAAAAGCCGUACAAGUGUUCUGAGUGUGGAGAUGCCUUCCGACAAAAGUCAGGUCUCUUUCAGCAUCAGCGACAUCACCACAGAGGCAGACUGGCUUGAAGAGUGCUC